AUGGACUCACAUGUGCUUAUUGGUCCCAAUUUUAAGGAUUGGCUGAGAAAUCUGACUAUUGUUCUCAAUCUUGAAAAGUCAGCUUAUGUCUUGGAGGCACCUUUACCAAUAACAGUGGACCCUAAUGCCCUUGAGGCAGAGCAAAAGGUUUAUGCUGAAUGGGUAGAUGCUGACUUACGAGUUCGCAAUUAUAUGCUGGCAUCAAUGAACUCUGAACGUCAAACUCGGUUUGAGAACGUGAAGAGUACCAUGCGACUUAAGGAGGGCAUUUCCCCAGAUGAUCAUGUUAUUAAAAUGAUUAAUAAGACUGGGGAGUUACAAAUUAUGGGCACAGAUUUGUCGUAUAAUUUUCGGGUGAGUUUGAUUCUCCAUUCACUCCCUCCAACUUUUAAGUCGUUUAUUACAAAUUAUAAUCUCAAUAGGAUUGAGCGCACUCUCCUUGAUCUUCUCAAUGAUAUUCAAGAAUUUUACAAUAAUGAGAAGAAAGGUAAAACACUAGCUGAGUUGCUAGCUACCUUUGCCACGAGAGGCAAGCUCAAAAGCCUUGGUGGAGAGGUUCACAGAUAG